AUGUUAGGGCGGCUUGUUUCCGGCGACUAUGAAUUAUUAUUAUUAUUACCAUCUUAUUACAAUAUUGCUAAACCAGAGUAUUAUUUUAAGGAGAAAAAAAAUACGAUGUAUUUACAAAUAUUAACAUGUUUGGUACUGAGUUGUGUGAUACCCACUUUGAUUCAAUCGAAAAGCACGGAGAAAUAUGUUUGUCCAGGUUUUGGUUUCGUUCGACCACAAACUCCUUGUGAAGACUCUUGCAAAGAUGAUACAACCUGUAAAAGUGGACUCAAAUGUUGUUAUAGUCCUCUUAUAAAAGAUAACAGACCAUGUGGUUCUCAUUGUAUUCAACCGAAAGAAAAUAUUCCAAAGGAAGGUCAAUGUCCAGAUAGCAAGUCGAAACCAGAGUCUUCAUUGUGGGGUAUUUGUGAUAUACAUAUGUGCGAUAUUGAUGGAGAUUGUAAAGGAAAAGAAAAAUGCUGUAGAAAUACAUGUGGAGGUCCCGUGUGUAUUGCACCAGAAAAGUAA